GUGCUCAUCUCGCGCGCGCCAGCCUCGUCAGCUCCGGGGCGCGUGCCACAGUAUCCGCGGCGGAGGGGACAGCUCCCAGGUGCUGAAAGAGAGGACGAGGGACGAGGGAAAGAGAACCGACGACUCACACACAGAAAACCGUGUUCCGCAACGCAGGGACAGAUACAGAUAGAGCCGAGGCCUUCCGAACAGAUGGCUGCCACUCAGGAUGCGAAAGGGAAGGGGGAGGGAGGGGACCAAAACUUUGACUACAUGUUCAAGCUGCUCAUCAUCGGCAACAGCAGCGUGGGCAAAACGUCAUUCCUCUUCCGCUACGCCGACGACGCCUUCACUUCGGCCUUCGUCAGCACUGUGGGCAUUGACUUCAAAGUAAAGACGGUCUACAAGAACGACAAGAGGAUCAAACUGCAGAUCUGGGACACAGCCGGCCAGGAGCGCUACAGGACCAUCACCACGGCGUACUACCGCGGGGCCAUGGGCUUCAUCCUAAUGUACGACAUCACCAACGAGGAGUCCUUCGGCGCUGUGCAGGACUGGUCAACACAGAUAAAAACCUACUCGUGGGAUAAUGCACAGGUGGUGCUGGCUGGGAAUAAGUGCGACAUGGAGGAGGAGAGAGUGGUCUCAGUGGACAGCGGCAGGCUGCUGGCAGAACAGUUGGGGUUCGAAUUCUUCGAGACCAGCGCCAAGGACAACGUCAACGUGAAGCAGACCUUCGAGCGUCUCGUUGACCUCAUCUGCGACAAGAUGUCCGAGAGCUUGGACUCGGAUCCGGCCGUCACCACAGGAGCUCCCACCGCCAAACUCACGGACAGCGCUCCGCCCCUCCAGCAGCCCGGAUGCAACUGUUAGUGACUGAUGCCAAAAGGGAAGCCAAAGGGAUGGUGGUAGAGUGUGCAGAGCCGUAUUCUCCCUUAUCACUCCCGCUAGCGCCGCUUCCUCCGGACUACAGUUCAAACGCUGUUUAGUGGUAGAAUUACACAAUGCCGUCUGUCAUCUUCAUCACCUUAUAUCAAGAGCAAAUAACCAGACAGACAGACACGGAUAUUGCAAACUGUCGUUGACAUUACACAAUUAAUAAAAUGUAGAGACACCGUAUUCUUAGUCCUCAGCUAGUUAGUAUGGUCAUAAACCAAGUACGUCCACAGACAUGAUGUACAGUUAGUCCUCAAGAUCUUUAAGACCUAGAAUAAUUAUAAAAUAAGAGAUAGAGUAAGUGAGUGCUUUGAUUUUCAUUUUUUGUACAGUACGUAUUUUCUUUUUAUAGGAUUGUUUUUGUCUCUUAAAGCUGCCAAAUCUAUGAUUUAGUGCACUAAAGGAUGUAGCGGCUUUCUUUUGUUUAGUGAGUGUGUGACUGUACAGUACGUGUGUGUGUGUGUGUGUGUGUGUGUGUGUGGGUGUGUGUGUGUGUGUGAGAGUAUAACGUGACAAAUGAGUGAAACUCUGUGAUCGAAAUAGGUUGUCUACCUUGGACAAAAAAGUGGCCUUUUCCAUCUCCAACAGGGCCUCCGUAAAAUUCCCUUUGUCCUGCUUACUUUUAGAAAGAGUCCCGUCUAUGUAGCGUCAAUGUACUAUUCUACGUUUCGCUGUCUGUAGUGUGAUUUUUCUAAUAAGUAUAUCUGUAAAUCCUAAAAGCAGCUACUUCGAUGUGCUUCGCCUCUUAGGACCCGUUUUAGUUUGAUGCAAUGAGCAUGCUGCCAAAAAGCCAAGCAUACGUUUUAUCUACAGAGAACACAGACAUCACCGGCUCCACGUCAUGGCAACAAUCCAGCAUUUCAUUGAAUAAAAAUGCCAAUGCACACUACAAGGUAUAACAUAACAAGGGAUCAGCUCUGGCAUGGAAUAAACAGCCAUAUAUAAAGAAUAUAUAGGAAUUGUUUCAAUUUAGCAUGGCAAAAUGUCACGUUUGUGCUAUAAAAUAAUUCCGUCCUGAAAGAGGAACAUCAUACCUGAACAGUAGUGCUUUUAAAGAUAACCGAAGCCCUGAUAGUAUAAAGGUUGUUGCCCCUUUUACGAUCCGGAAAGCCUUUUAGUUCUGCAAAAAAACAUGUGUGCCAAAACAAUACUAGUCCUUUAGCAUCGUCAGUUGUUUGUUGCAUAGUUAAAUAAAAAAAAUAAAAAUAUUGCAUGAAGCCAAUCCCGACUUAUCUAUGUAGAUUUAUAUAAUAUGACAGUGUGUAUAUAUAUAUAUAUAUAUAUAUAUAUAUAUAUAUAUAUAUACAUGUAUAUCAAUCACUCUGUGUUACAGAUUUAGAUGCGUUUUCAUAGCACUUGCUGUGAGAUGCAAUGGGCCAAUACGUGCAAUAUUUUAUGAAUGAAACCCUGUACAUAGUUUCUCCUGUCCUCGAGUACUAUGACUCUAUCUGCAGUACGUGAGAGGCAGUCUGGUCACAACGGCUCUGAAACUGAUGUACAAUCUCUGAAAAAGGGGAGAGUGUGCGUGCGUUUGUGUGCGUGUGUGUGUUUGGGUUUGAGUGUGUGGGUGUGUGUGUGUGUGUGCCUGCCAUGUUGAACAGACAAAUUACGUAACAUAGUGUAUUGUUUGUGUAUACCUUUUGUACAAAUGUAUUCACGUACUAUAUGCUGUUCCUGCUAACUGUUGGGUGUCGAUUGAUCUCGUAUUAUCACGUCAAAAUGCGGUGUUGUUGUGAGCGAGUCAGGGAGGGUCCUUAGUCCACGCCAUACUGUUGUAAAUCCAAGAAAAGGGACGCACAUAAACUAGUUCAAAGACCCUGCGCAUAUUAGUGUACACGUUCGUCGUGCGUGUGCAUCCGUGCGUGUGUGUGUGUGUGUGUGAUAUUAUGAUUUCAUGUAAGUAGCCAUGAAAUAAAUUACCGUGCUGAUCGCCAGUAAAGACUCAUUUGAUAAGAGGAAUCGCUACGUGACGACCUCCAAAUAGUCGCUCUGGUCAAAUGUCAUUGUAUUACCGUACGACUUUACAUAUUACUGGAUAUAUUUGUUUCUCAGAGCGCAAGCAAAGUUAGGAGUAUGUUUUUUUGAGAUUAUAGGAAAUAAAUCAAAUCCUAUCAGUGGA